AUGUUGGGCUAUGCUGCUGCAAAUCGAGAAAAACCUUUAUUUGCUGUCCAUAAUACAUCAGCCACAAAGACUGAUAAGUCACCGGCGGAUGAGAUGGUGUUGAGUAGGUAUGAUAUGCUGAAGUUCUCCGGUCCUAAAUCUAAGGAUAUCGAAGGUUUCUUUCAUUGGUUAAAGAAACUUAUUUGGUAUAAGCAUGUGAAUUAUAUCCCUGAUUAUUUGUUAAGAAAGGAUAUCAUAUCAGCAGCUGUACAGCAAGGUAAAACAGAUGAAGAUGUAUAUGUUGAUUUAGUAGGCGAGGUGAAUAAGUUGAAGAAACUGGGGUGUGACCCCAGAAGUAUUUUGAUCACGAUUCUGAUUGAAGUUGAAAAUUAUUUGACUUACAAUAAAAUAGGUGAUUUGCCUACUAUCACAUAA